AUGAGCGUGUCCUGGGAGGACAACGGCCGCUUCAAGGGCUCGUGCUGGGGGCCGUGCAUCAGCGACAUGACCCUCAACGUGCUCGACCACGCCCUCCCGCUCGUGCGCCACCCCAACUUCGAGGACCUCACCUGGGACGUGCCGAUGGAGAAGAUCCCGCUGGUGGUGGGCAACGAGAUCAAGGGCGGCCAGCUGUACACGGUCACGCUCAAGGAGUACCUCGAGAACUUCCGCCUCUACCUCCACAACCCCCAGUCGUGGAAGGGCUCCAAGACGUCGCUGUACGCGGCGGAGAGGGACAGCCAUGCGCUGAUGUCGUCGCAGGCGUGCUUCCUGCCGGUUCCCAAGGGCAGCGACGCCACGUUCAACGUCUCCAUCUUCAACUACCAGUCCUACAGCGGGCACCCGGCCGUGCUGGCCAUCGUCGCCACCAGUCAGGGCACGUCGGCGCAGGUGGUGCAGGACGGUAGUCAGAAGCUGUACUUCAACAAGAGCGGUGAGAAGGCCAGCUUCAUCGGUCAGCGCCUGAGCGACAAUCGCAAGGAACGCGGUGUAGCAACUGAGGGCGAGAUGACCAAGGAGGAGAAGCAACAGGUACCAUCACAUGUUUGUACCACACACACACCACACACACACACACACACACACACAGUGAUCCUGAACGAGGCCUAA